CCAUUUUCUGAUAACAUGGGUAUAUUUCAAUUAAAGACUUAGUGUUAUGAUGAUGUAUAACAUGCACCCACUCUACUUUGGAGACAGAUUGACGCAUUUGAUUCGAUCCUUUGACCAUAUGAUCUUCUUACUCUUUCCUUUGAUGGAUCACAUCAUCCACUUCGACACAGGGGGUGGUUGGUACCACCUCGCACCACCACCACCACAAUGGUGGUGAAUAAAUGAUCGUGUGUGAUGGACCACCGAAUGUGAGUUGCCUUAACCAUUUAAGUCUCUCUUGAAGGGAAAUAACUGAGACGUUUAAUCCUAUUAAAUCACAAUAAUUGAUGGUUAUGGCGCACCACCAAAAUUUCUUACUACUUUAGUGGUUGAAUAUGUGACUUUUGCUAGUCAAUGCAAUCAGUGCAGCUGGUCAGCUUGUCCAGCUCUUAGUCAAAAUGGCUCCAACUAGCAAAUGUAACUUUUGAAAGAGCUCGGCUUUUCAAAAGGACAGUUCUAUUUUAGGAUUAAUUUGGCCUUGGUAGGAGACUUAAGUGGGGUAUUAGGUAGGGUGUUUUUUUUUUUUUUUUUGGCAGAUAAGUGAAGUUCUAACCUUAAUUGAGUACAAGUAGGAAGGAAACUUUGGCCAUUGGGGAAUGGGAAUUGGCCACAAGGGGAUUCGGUAGUAUUUCCUUUGGUAAAUGAAUAAAUAGGUUGAAGACAUGUACCAUCCUGUCUUUUUUUAUGCAAUCUUUGUGAAAACACUUGUUGAAUUAGAAAUAGCAUAAGAAAAAGAGUUGCAGGACAUGGGGAAUGAAGGUCAACUACUGCCGUGUUGAUGCAAAGGCUAAAAAGCUUUAGCAGACACUUAACCAUCAAUAAUGAAAAAGUUGUGCAAACUAUGGUAUGAUGAUUUGGGGACAACUAUGAUGAUUAUACUGGGACUAGCCGAAAGUGGACCCUCUGAAUUUGGAGGUCCACUACCCAGCUGGAUGAAGAAGAAAUCCAUGUGGGCCCUCACCACACCACAGAGUAGAUAGCCAAGACACCAUUAUGGGGGGUUUCAUGGUACAGAUUGAUGGCAAAAAAAUAUGUUUUGACUCUCAAGACAAGAAAAAGGAUGAUAGCGAUCUUGCCCUACUUUGAAGGGUAUUACUAGUGAUCCUCGGCCUUCUCCUCUCGCUAAACUGUACGGUUUCUCUACUCAUAUGGUCUGAUGCAUAUUAUUUAUAUAUGUGUAGAUCAAUUUGUGCAAGCUAGUAUAUAUUGUUUAAUGGGUUCCGAUUAUGGGUUUUGCUUUUUGUUGAUGAAAUGAAAGAAAGAUAAAACC